UGUGUGUGUAACUGAAAGCAGUAAAAAUGUGUGACAAAGUGAAGGUCGCGGUCAGGGUGCGGCCUCUCAACAGGCGAGAUCUCAACUAGCAAGAUAAUACUUUUCGUCUAGUAAAAAGGCAGGACGAUCAGAUGACUCAGCAUCGAUUCCCAAUGAAAGUAUCUGCACUGUACCAUAACACCAUUGAAAAGCAACGAAACUAUCUACGCGGCGUUCUACAAUACCCAACUCGAUUACUUGAAUAAGAAAAACUCUACCGACGUCUAGAGAGUUACCGUAAGGAGCGGUCGAAAUGCCCCGAGGCGUCUCGAAGCGCCAACGAUGGCAGUUGCACUAGCAGCUAGAAGUAGACCCGACAGGCCGGAGCGGGUGAUAGACCCUUGAAGUUGUUGCUGCAAAGGCGACUAAAUUAAAACUUGGUCAAAUAAGCGGACGAUUUUCCCUUCCUGAUCGGACGAAAUUGAGCAGACGUUGUCCUGCGAACAACAGUUGGCCGCUGAGAACAAAGUUUGGGAACAAAAUGUGUUGUGGAAAUGCGGAAUGGCCAAACAAUUCUCUACAAAAGUUCGCCUACGGAUCACCAGCAGCCAAAGAGCUUCGCGUUCGACCACUGCUUCUGGUCAUUCGAUGUGGAGGACGCGCAUUUUGCGUCACAAAAAGAAGUGUACCACGACAUCGGCACUGCGCUGUUGGACAACGCCGUGGAAGGCUACAAUGCCUGUAUCUUCGCCUACGGACAAACGGGGUCCGGCAAAUCGUACACAAUGAUGGGCUCAAAAGAGGACAAAGGCUUGAUACCACGACUGUGCGAUGACCUGUUCGAGCGAAUCGCUCGCCAUGCUGACCCAAACACAUCAUUUAAGGUCGAAGUAUCUUACAUGGAGAUCUAUAAUGAGAAAGUUCACGACUUGCUUGAUGCAAGCGGAUGCAAACAACAACUGCGAGUUCGAGAGCACAAUAUCAUGGGCACGUACGUGGAGAAUUUAUCCAAGCACGCAGUAACAUCGUACGAUCAAAUCAACGAGCUGAUGGCUCAAGGAAACAAAAGCCGAACAGUGGCUGCAACUAAUAUGAACUCCGAAUCGUCUCGAUCCCAUGCCGUCUUCAAUAUCACGCUCACAUGCACAAUUAACGACCCGGUUACCAACUCACAAGGCGAAAAGAUGUCCAAAAUGAGCCUGGUGGAUUUAGCCGGCUCGGAACGUGCGACGAAGACCGGAGCUGUAGGUGACCGUUUGAAAGAAGGCUCGAACAUCAACAAAUCCCUUACAACAUUAGGCAUGGUUAUCUCGAAACUUGCCGAAGGAAAGACAUCAAGUCAGUUUAUUCCCUACCGGGACUCCGUUCUCACCUGGCUCCUUAAAGACAAGCUGGGCGGAAACUCGAAAACAGUUAUGGUAGCGACGAUUAGUCCGGCAGCCGACAACUACGAGGAGACCCUGUCUACGCUGCGGUACGCAGACCGCGCCAAGAGGAUCGUCAACCACGCCGUUGUCAAUGAAGACCCGAACGCUAAACUGAUCCGUCAGCUGAAGCAGCAGGUCGAAGAGCUUAAGGCGAGACUGCUGCAAGUGCGUAGUGCAGAUGUAUCCGCGCGGCUCGAAGAAAGCGAGUCUUUGAUGAAGGAAAUUUCCCAGCCAUGGGAGGAAAAGGUGAAACACACCGAGCAGGUCCACAUACAGCGGCAGCAAGCCCUCGAAAAGAUGGGCAUAUCUGUCGAGGCUGAUGGUAUCAAGGUGGAAAGCGACAAGUUCUACUUGGUCAAUCUAAAUGCCGACCCGUCUCUCAAUGAGAUGCUGUUGUUCAAUAUUAAAAAGGAGCGAACGCUUGUCGGCCGUCCUGAUUCCGAACGACCAGAAGUUCAACCUGAUAUCCAUUUGUUCGGCAUAGGCAUCCAGAAUGAGCAUUGUGUACUGAUAAUUGAAAAUGGUGAGGAGUUGUGGAUUGAGCCACGGGAAGGGGCGCGAACGUGUGUCAAUGGUGUCGUGGUGAGUGAAAAACGGUUACUGAAAAAUGGCGACCGCAUCUUCUGGGGCAAUCAUCACUUUUUCCGUGUUACGUGCCCUCAGAAGCAGCAGCAGCAGCAGCAACUGUCCCCCGAACAAGUGGCGCAGAAGGCUGCCGAGCCUCCAAUCGACUAUCAGUUCGCUCGAGAAGAACUCAUGCUGCAAGAGCUUUCCAACGAUCCUAUUCAAACGGCUAUCGCGACCUUGGAACGACAGCAUGAGGAAGACAAGAAUAUGGCACUCGAGAAGCAACGGCAAAUGUACGAGAAGCAGCUACAGAUUCUGCGUGAGCAAAUGUCGCCGACAACACCGUACGCGCCAUAUGUCGGCCUGGAACGGGCAGCACAGGAGAGCUGGGCCAGAGAAAGAGACCACUUAUUCAAGGUCAGCCUCGCCAAACUGCGCGAGCAAACUGCCACCGCCAAUGACCUCGUGCGCGAGGCCAAUCUUUUGUCCGAGCAGCUCAACAAAAAUACAACUUUUCGCGUGACGCUGCAGAUUCCAACCGCGAAUUUGACGCCUAACAGAAAAAAGAGCGCGUUUGUGUCAGAGCCGGCCAUACUGGUCUCCCGCCCAGGAAUGAGUUCGCAGAUUUGGUCGAUGGAUAAGCUAGAAAAUAAGCUGAUCGACAUGCGAGAGUUGUUUGCCGAGAGCGGCGCUUCAUUACCGCCUCACCCCGAGCUAAGAACAGAUCUCGAUCCAUUCUUCGAGUCGCAGGAGAACCACUCGUUGAUCGGAGUGGCGAAUAUGUUUUUGGGGGCCGUUUUUCACGACGUAAAGCUAGCCUAUCAGGUGCCCAUUAUUAGCCAGCAUGGCGAGGUGGCUGGCCGUUUGCAUAUGGAGAUUUGCCGAACUCAGGGCAGCCUGGACAGGGUGGCUGACUGUGGGGGAACGAGUGGACCGUUUAAUGGCCAGGGCUCGGUCGCAAGCGCGGGGAGCGCUCACAUGAGUACCAGUAUGAGUGCAGGCCAGCUGGGCGUCGCGCUAGCAGCACCCGGCUCUAGCCAGGCCUCGGCCAUGGACACAAGCACCACUUCCGUCACUUCUACAGGUUCGAGCGGCUCCGGCGAGGUCGCCAGCGUCAUGAGUGCAUCGCAACGCUUCGUCCGCAUACGCGUCACUAUCAAGGAGGCUACGGGACUGCCGUCCGCGCUUUGCAACUUUGUCUUCUGCCAGUAUUCGUUCUGGGGAAACAACGUAACCGUCGCUCCUCAGGACGUGCCAGAUCCUGCCGGUGCCAGUGUGCCGCCGAACCACGCCAUCCUGGUCACAGCACCAAAUGGUGCGCCGGCUCGCUUGGUCGCGGGCGGUCAGCACGGGCAACACGGGCACCAUGGAGGGUCAACGAUCGUCCGCUUCGACCACACCAAGGAAUUCGAUCUGGCGGUGACCGAGGACUUCGUGGAGUACUGCCUAGAGGGCGCCCUCAGCGUCGAGGUGUUUGGCCACACAAGUUCCGGCUUCUCCAGUCACCACAAGCAGCUAGAAUCCGAGGAGUCAAGCAACAGACAGCAAAUAGUUUGCUUCUCCUGUUAUCCUCUACUAAAUUCCGCUACCCACCACGUAAGCUCCGAGGGUGAGAGCUGUCCACUAGACCACUCCGUGAUGACGCGUUCGGAAAUCUUAAGCACGGGCGAGGAUCCGUUAACCUCGGCUAUGAUGAGCGGAAAUCCGCGACUCGCCCUAAUCGAUUCCCCACCUUCUUCGCCAAGUCCUCCACAAAACGCUGAUGGCAGCGACAGUACCAUUACCAACGAUAAUCCCUAUCGAGACGCCAUACCCCACAAUAAACACGACUCAACCUACCACGCGGGCGAGGCUGAUGAAAUGCCCGGCCGUCGUCCACCUUCUCCAAUCUUCAGGGCUUCCUGUGGGGUAUCACCUAACGGGGCGUUCGGUGCUAUUUUCCUCAAUCCCUUGCGAGCGCUAUUCCAGGCACUGGUUCACGGGCCUGCCCUUUGGUUUAUGAACCAGAAUAGUCAUGAGGCCACAACGAAACGGCCGCACGACAGACGCAGCUUGGACGAGGCGGUAAAGUUCAUCAGCAAGCAUAAUGGGCACACGGGUAUAAAUGAUGGAUUUAGGACGGGAAUGGAUUUAGGGCCAGAGAGCCUUGGGGAAGUUCACCUAGGUGAACAUUCCCUCGCUGCCCGAUGGAGUGAACUAAAACGGAAGCUUGAGUUGUGGCUUGAAAUUCAUGAACUCAAUGAGCAAGGCGAGUACGCGCCAGUUGAGGUAACGCCCCGGCCCGACGCGGCCACGGGGGGCGUGUUCCAGCUACGCCAAGGCCAGCAGCGCCGCAUGGUGGUAUCGGUUUCAGCUGCGCCCUACUCGGGCACCCUGCCGCUGAGCUGCGAGGCCAUCACCCACGUUUCUGUAGGAGGACUCUGUGCUCGUAAGGUCGGGCUGCAGAAGCCUCUCGAUUCAUACCAAGAUGAUGACCUACGCGCAUUGCGAGACAAAUGGGUGGCUGUGCUUGACAAGCGCAAGCACUAUCUACAUGAGCAGCUGGUCAAAAUGAGUGCAAAAGAAAACAAAAGCGAACAGGAAACGGAACGAGAGCGGCAGCUGCUGGAUGCGUGGAUGCGUCUACAGGAGGAGCGGGACGCGGUCUACACCCCCCAGGCAGGCUCGCGGGUGCCGGGAGCACCAGCCGAAGGCGACGGAGCCGAACUGGCUGGAAUGGAGCUACACACACCAGUGCUCUUCCUCGAUCUCAGCAGUGACGAUAUGAAUCUUCAUCCCUCCCACAUUCCAGGUGCUAACUCGAUACUCAGCAAAGAGUUGGGCAGUCCCCAAUACACGCUGCCCAUCGUACGAAGUGAAGACAAUCGUGUCGUGGUAGCAUGGGAUUCGUCGAUUCACGAUUCGCCGCUACUAAAUGCCGCCACAUCUUCGCAAGACCGGAUCUACCUCAUUUUGAAGGCAAAGGUACGCCUUUCGCACCCUGUCUCAGUGGACAUCAUACUGCGUAAGCGAUUCGCCAUUAACGUCUACAAACGGCAGACGUUCACAGAGAAACUGCGAAAGCGGAUAUCGGGCGCUCCCACACUUUAUCGGUCAGGUGUCACGUACGAGAUUGUGGGAUCCAUCCCGAAAGCGUGUGAAGAUCUUGAAGGCAGAGAGACUCUAGCUUUAAUGGCUGCCCAAGGUCUAGAUGAUGUAGCUGCUGACGGAGAGUCGUAUAUUGAGAAAUAUACGAAAGUUGUCAUCUCAGUGGAGUCGAUUCUCAAUCUCGAUAAGCUACGGCAAGACGUUGCUGUCAAGGAACUCCUGCACUCCCAGGGGCGUCCUAUCCGCAAAACGCUAUCGGUUCCUAACAUGGCGCAAAGCAUGUCUUCGAGCAUGACGUCAUCGAUGAUCAAGCAGAGCAUCAUGUCACUGUCGAUGUACGAUGAGUCCACGAGCGGUCAUAACCAUGGAGCCACGGGAAUGGCGUCGGCCGCAGCAGCAGCAACAAUAACACAUUCACAAUCAGCCGCUGUUCACAAUGGACAUAACGGUUCGCUGUCACACAAUUCAUCGUACGGAGACGGGCUCGACAAGCUGAAGGACGCGGCCAGUGCUAUCACGGGAGCUGCGCGUCCAACUUUCCUCAAUUUGAACUUUAACCUCAACCUAAGACAGUCUUCUUUGAAACACUCUCCGGCUACAGGCGCUCUUGUGGGCCAAAAGCUGAAGCCAUUGCGACCUCUGAUCGAAGAGAAUCUCGAGUCCAUUUCGAUUUUAUCUCACCCUGAGGAGGAAGAUGCCGAAGAGUUAUUCAGGAGAUCACACAAUACCUCCGAUUCGACAGAACCGAAGAGUCUCGUAUCAAGCGGAUAUGGUUCGCAGGCGCUCUCCACCGAAGAUUCGCCCACGAGAUGAAUAUCCGUACCAUUUGUUAAACGCUUUUAAGCCCUGAGGUAACUACCAAGGGCAGCCAGGGAAGAUAGGAAUGCACCAAGUGGUCAUCAGCUCGAAGUUAUUAACGAAAAUUUCAAACAGUUCCAUUACGUUAAAAAAAAUAAGGGCUUAAUUAAAAAAUUGUUCAUCAGCAUUCAGGUUCCGUCUUUAGCUAUCAGAAGAUAAUACGGUACAAACGGUUGACUGAAUAUACGAUAGGUCACUACUAUACAGCUUAGACUUGCUUUAUUAUAGUAUUAAAAAACAAACAUUAGUCCCAAGUGAAUACUUGCUAACCAUCCUUGAGCAGAAGCACUCAUGAUCAGCGAAAAAUACACAUCAAUUAGCGGAAAGCCUGAAUAAUAAUGGCAUUUUAAAUACUGAGACACACACAAACACACGCAUCAAGGACCACCGAAAAAUAUGUUUUCCUCAUAAUUUCUCGACGAUUUUUCUAUCAUCUGCCGCAAAAUAUAGGGGCUACCGGUAGAUAACUGUUUGAGAAGCUUGACAAACUUGACACGGACGAGGGCGUUUUUGCUUCCCUGGUUAUGAGCAGUUCACUCAACAGAAACUGGUGGCACUUCUGAGACUUGUGGGAACGUCUGAUCCGAUCGUACUGUUUUAAACAAAUCUGUAAUUAUACGCGAUCGAAGAAUGACGACGGAAGAAGAUGCAAUGCGUAAGGCGCAAUUUAAUGUGUACGAUGCCUCACGAGCAACACCAAAAAAAAGCCAGAAGGUGUCAGCAUGAUUAGUGGUCUACUUGACCCAGACAUGUUAAUAGUACCGAACAUAAACGUAACUAAACCAAACACGCACGUUAGACUGGGACUAGAGGUAAAAAAAAAAUUACGUUUCAGCAACGAAGGCAGAUUUUGCAGUGAACAAAACACACAAAGAAGAGAUUACCUUUGGAGAUUUUAGAAAAUAUGAGAAGAGGGUAGAUGAGCGCACCCUUAGGUCAUUAAAAAAAGACGCCAUGAAAUGUUAUCAGGGCUCUGCUAUCCUAUGUCAAGACGAAAAACAACAACAAAGGAUAUAAGCCACCUCAAACUAAAUGACAGAUACAACUUCUGGUUGACCGGCUAUGGCCGCAUCUGCAUAAUAGCAAUUAGCUUUUAGUAAUGGCUAGAGAACGACCUCGUACGGUUGAAACUGUGGAAGUGUUACUGCCAUCUGGCAGAUGUUUAUGAAGGCUUUGUAUGUGUAUCUAUUAUAGAGAACAAGUUGGUGACGACUUCUGGUGAUUUUUUUUAUUAUUAAUAUUUAUAUAUAAGGGUUAUGAAAAUUAGUAGAGGGCAAAGAGAGAACACAUUUUAACUAGAAUAAUUAGUCAAAAACAAAGAGACGACGUUCGCUUACAGUUGAACGCAAUUAACGUUGUCCGUUAAUCGUACGCACGGGGACCCCACGGCUUGUGAUAAACAGAUGAAAGAGAAUACAACAUUAAAGCAAACAAACCGCAAUGAAAAAGCUUGAAACAAGCGGUGCCAUUGUGGAAUCAGUGAUAUUGUAUUGUCGCAAAACGAGAGAGAUCCGUUAAACAGAGGGAUAUACCGCGAACGUUAGGGCAUCGUAGCACGAAUUGCACGUUGCGUUAUGGGAAAGAACAAGUGCGCAUGAAUCGUAGACAGCCACGAUAUCUGCCACUGAAUAGUGUACUGGUGCGUUGUAACGCGUUAUGUCACGUGGGUGACGGUUAAUGGGAUAAUUUGACUAUAUAGCAAGAAGAGAACAUUCAGAUAGAGCAGCGAUUAUCACUUCAGCGGGACGGCUGUCCUGGUUGUGCUAUUACACCAUACCUAAAUAUACAUCCAUCAUCCAAGUAUUACCUCUAGCUCGAUAUAGCUACAAUGGCUAGCAUUUUAUUUUUUAGUUUUUGUCAAUCAAGUGUGCAAUCGUUUAUAUACAGAUAAUACAUCAUGCGAUAUAUAAUACACAUUAUCUCUCUUUUUCUCUCUCUCUCUCUCUAUAUAUAUAUAUAUGAAUAUUAACGAUGAUCCUGUUCAUGUAUGUAUGUAUAAUAUAGCAACAAUAUAUGCGCACUCAAACAAAGAAUUUUUAGAGAACGUGUUUGACUAAUCAGAAUAUGUCGACAAAUCAAUGAGUAUAACGUUGAAGCCGACCGCGAGUUUUAAAUAAUAUUAUCAUUGUCGCGCAAGACGCUAUAGCGAAUAGUAUGCGUUAAUUACUAGCUGAUUAGUACCUAAAGUAUAAACAGGUCCUAUAAGUAAGAAAAAGCAUAGGCCAGAAAUUAGAGCAUAUAUAUAUAUAUAUAUACGCAUCAACGUAAAAGCACGUCGGAAUGUGAAAGUUGUUCGUUUGCUGUGAGAGCAUCACUCGGUAGAACGGAAUGAAGUCAGGCAAAACGUAUAGUUGAAGAAGACGUUCGCUGUAUAACGCUGCGUCUGCUACUAUGAAAAAGGCUACGUCUAUUGGUCCGCACAGAUAGCAUAUAUACAGAUAGAUAUUGGUAUAUAUAUGUCUUGUAUAGCAGCUAGUUCAAAUGCAAAAAAAAAAUAAGCAAAUGUACAAUGUAAUACCUAUUGCACACGAAUCGCCGUUGUCAUCGUGAUCCGCGCUGCACACGGAAGACGAACAAUAAGCGAAAAUACUGAAAGAUACGUUACUCACGAUACCUUUCAUAAAGGGAAAAGUAUUCGUUUAAAAGGUAACAAUUAGGAUCAAGGGGAGAAUUCAUGCUAAGGUAAAA